UAUCAGUGUUUUUCCUGUCAUUCUUAACAGUUGAUCAAGUGUUGAGUCAAGGGCAACAAGGUCAGAAGAGGUCAUCAGCUGAUGUCCAGCCAGAGGAAGAUGUCAAGACCAAAAAAACGAGAACUACAAGUGACAAUAGAGAGAGGGAUCCUGCAGAAGAUUCCAAAAUGCUAAAAGGGGCAAUAAAAGCUAACACAGAGAACCAAACCAAACUCAUGGCCGCACAUGACGUUAUCAGUGCAAAGACAGAUGAAAUCUUUACCAAUCUGACAGUAUAUUAUGCAGAUAAAAAACAAGAGAAAAAAGAGCAAGCAAAAGACCUGAGUAGAAGUGAACAGCUGCAGGAAUACACCAAAAGAACAGGUUGUAAAGUUGAGAAAUACGAAGAUAUAUUCAUUGACAUGCAAGGAGAAAAUCCAAAAUUACUUCUUACUGGUAAACCCGGGAUAGGUAAAACUAUGUUUUGUGAUAAAAUCAUUCGAGAUUGGUCUAUGAAUAGAUUAUUUCUAAACGAAGACACUCCUAAUAUUCAGUUCGCCUACCUGUUGAAGUUCCGUCAUUUAGAUGGCGACGAAGAGAUUAACUUACAAGAAUUACUGAAUUGUUCGCCCCUUCUGGACGACAAUUCAAAGAUCAACGAUUCAUUGUUUGAACAUUUGAUUCAAAAUCCCUCCAAGGUACUGAUCAUCUUGGACGGGUUUGAUGAAUGUUCAGAACAACACCGUAAACAAAUCGCUGACGAUUACGAGGGAAAAUAUCCAAAUGAUUCCAGAGAAAAGAUGCCAAUCCCAGCACUUUGUUCUAAAUUAAUCAGAGGAAAAGUUUUUAGAAAUUCCGUUGUUCUGGUAUCUUCAAGGCCAGGCAAGGCCGAGGAGUUGGGAAAAAUCAAUUUUGACAGAUACGUAGAAAUUUCGGGCCAUGCACCUGAACAAGUAACCGAGUAUGUUGACAAAUAUUUCAGCAAACCAGAAAAAGAACGAACAAAAAAGGCGGUACGCGAACACGUGGGAAAAAAUAAAAACCUACUUAGUUUUUGUCAUAUUCCGCUAUUUUCUUUCCUGUUGUGCUGGUGUUUAGAAUGGCGAAUUACUCAUAAAGGAAUCACAGAAAAUCUACCCGCUAAAAUAACCGAUCUUUAUGAUGAGGUUGCUAAAGUCUUGGUACAAAACCUCCAUGCAAAUCUUAAAUAUUUAGCAUUGCCAGAAUAUGCAAUGAAAAUAGCUCAAGAAACGCUAGAUAAACUAGCAAAAUUGGCGGCUAUUUUGCUGAAGGAAAGUAAAUAUAUUUUUGACGAAGAUGACAUGAAAAAACUAGACCUUACCGAGGACGAAAUUGAAAACUUGAAAGUAAGCGGCAUUCUUCAUUGUGUUCCUGGAAUAAGAAUUUCUCCCUUUCAAACAAAAGCAGAGUUUAGUUUCACUCAUUUGACUCUGCAGGAAUAUCUCUCUGCUUCUUUUUUUGUGAAAAAUAAGGAAAUCCCAAAGAAAGAGGAAGCGAGUGGGCAGACGUUUGUGUUCAUGUGUGGACUUUUGUUGAGGGAAAAAGAUGGAGAACUAAUGAAUAAAUUAAUCCAACAGAUAACACCUAAGGAUAAUAAUGAUCAUGUAAAUAAACUGGUAUUGUUACAGUGUCUGUAUGAGUAUGGAGAGCAAGAAUUAACUAAACAAACCAUAAAUAAUAUGUACGAUAAAUACUGUAGUAGUCGUGGGGACAUUGGUUUUCAUGGAGUCACAGAUGUUGAUAUGAAAUACUUAUCGUAUUUGUUGGAUAUCAUUCGUUCACUAAAAGAACAACAUCCACAGUCAUCUAGAGAUUAUACAUUGAGAAUUAGUGGUUCACCGUUAACCUCGUUUGGUGUUGGUGUUGUUUGUCGUUCACUUGUUCGUAAUUCGUUUAUAACUAUACUUAAGCUGUCGGGUUGUAGUUUAGAUGAUAAAUGUGUAGAACAAAUGACUGACUCACUAGUGGACACUGGAAUAACCGACCUAGACCUAAAUAAUAAUAGUAUAUCAGACGAAGGAGCAGACAGUAUUUGUAGUGUACUAACAGAAACUAAAAUAACCGGUCUGAACCUAGGGAGUAACAUUAUAACAGACCAAGGAAUAAAGAGUAUUUGUAGUGUAUUAACACAAACUAAAAUAACCCACCUAGAGCUAGGGAGGAGUAACAUAACAGAUGAAGGAGCAGACAGUAUUUGUAGGGUUAUCAUACAAGAUGACUGUCAUGUAAAACACUUAGUAUUACUUCAAAAUCUGAAAAUAACUGCAGAAUGUAAGAAACUUGUAAGACAACUUGUUAAAAGAAACAAACGUGGUGUUAAAUUGCAUAUAUAGAUAAAUGAAAAAAGAAAAUUGCUCGAAUAUAACUAUUAUUAUCAUGCAAAUUAUUUUUCCAUCGGCUAGUAACGUUGCAUUUGUUAGCGUACAAAACAGCCAAAAGAAAUUAAGAAAGAACGAAAAAAAACAAAGAACAACAGCAACAAACAAACAAAAAAAACCAGAAAAUAAUUUGAAUGAUAAAUGAUUGUUUAUAAAACUGCAGGGCCCCGUUGUAGGAAGUGCUGGAUAGCGCUAUCCGACGGAUAUAUCGUAUCCAGUGGAUAAAUUCAUUGGAUAACAGCAUUGACUUAUCUACUGGAUAAGGAUUUAUCCGCCGGCUAGCGCUGUCUAGGCUUCGUACAACCUAGUCUCCCUCGCAUCCGUUUUUAGUGUCGGUGGAGCGUUGCGUGACGACCGACACUAAAAACGGAUGCGAGGGAGACUACGUACAACCGGGCCCUGGGCCAAGGUGUAUAAAGCUCUCUUAAGAUAAAAAAAGCUUAAAAACACUCGUAAGUAUUGUCUUAGUACAAUGGCCUAUUGUUUUGGAACAAUACUUACGGAUGCUCUUAUCUUAAGAAAGCUUUAUGCAACCGGGCCCUGGAGCCUAUCCUAUUUUUAGUUUUCAUUAUUCAUUAUUGAAAUAUCCUGCUUUAUUCUAGUAAAAUUAUUGUUCGAAAAAUAUUUUAUUGGAUAAUAAAGAAAAAGUAUUGGAGUUUAAA